CAAGACCGAUCGAUAUCAACAAACGUGAACCCCACACGAAAUACACGUUCCGGUUUAGCUGAUGAUUGAUGGAUGAUAAUCUGAUUUCACCUGUCCCAGCAAAACUAGCGGCGUCCAGCUCCACUUUGGCCGCGGGAGGUGUGCGUAUUGUCCUCAGAUCCUCCGAUUCAGAUUAAGUCUUUUCCACAUACAUCGAGCAGUUUUCAGGAAGAUUUCCCGUCUGCCUAUCGCUGAAUUUACCUCCAAAGGAACUUGACCUAACUCGAGCAAACUGGAAAAUCUUCGUGUCAAACUUGUGGUCCGAACGCCAGUCCGGCGCGGUACAUGGUCCAGCGUGCGUGGGUUUCAUGAGGUACGUGGUGUUCUUCGGCCGGGAAGUUGACUGUGAUUUAUCUACCGUGUCAAAGCACCAUUCUUCGGGUAGGUGUACCCCCAGGCGACGCCUUCGCAAUCCAGCGCCAUCACUUUACGCUUAGGAACAGAGUGAGGGUUAACAACAGACGUGUGGCCUUGUCUAGCAAGCUGUAGGAGUAGGAAGUCUGUUAACUAUCUACGAGGUUACUCAUCUGUAUAUAAGAUCUACUGAGGCUUGGUACCAGUAGCUACUCAUUUUCGGAAGACAAAUCACCAUUGUUGUCUCUUUUUGUGUUGGGAAAAAUUCACUCUUCAGUUGAUAUCAUUUACAUCUGGAAUAUCUGACAAGCUAUCGAUGUGUAGGAACAAGCAAAACGACUUGGCUUAUUUAUUUAUCAGGAGCGGACAGUAUCAAAAAUAACUCACAGGAGCCAUGGUGGCCGAAUGCUACACUUUAGAGCGAGCCUUUGUGGUGUAGACUCGCUGGCGUCCUAGUGCAAAACUCCCCAGGCCAACGUGGCAGGGAGUGUGACAUUUUGCCUACGGGGUCUGAAGCAGCAGGCGAUAAUUUGAAAAUGAUAUGCCAGUGUGGGAUGCUCCUUGGAUGACAUUGGGUGACAACUAGAGGUCAUCGAGUCACAACUGUCCAGGGUUAUCACUUGGAAGACUGGGUCUCUGCUCUGUUUAAUGAAGGGAAGGCAGUGGACUAGUUGAUUGUGGAUUCGGGUAUGUGGCAAGUUUCAAGGAGUGCCGAUCUGCAUCUGAAUUAACAAGAAGUGGUUGCAUUGAUACAGAUUGACCCCUUUUUGUUCUCUCUUUUGAGACCAUUCUUUGAGAAAGUUUAAGGCUUAAACCAUCAAGGUCUAGUCAUGAUGUGCAUUCCAGUUAAAUGGCUUCCUUGUGGAUAGCAGCUUGUACGGGUCAUUUUCAGCAGGUACAUUAGCUGGAUAACCCUGUAAACGGUGUGAAAAGAAGAUUGCGUGUCUAGGUGAUGGGGAGUAUAGCUAUGCCAUCAGUGUAGGGUGGUCAGCAGAGAACAUGGCAGAAAGUGUAGCACAGGUGGGAUUGCCGGGUGCAGAGAAGGGAGACCUGCCCAGCUGUGGCAUGGAGGAGGGGUCCCUCGUACGCUCCAAGGAUGAGUGGGGAUCAAUAAUCGAUAUCCUGCAUAGCAUAGAGAACACAACACAGCCGAGCAAGCCAGCACCAUCCAUGCCCAGCCCAACUGCACGACUUGCCACCCUGUCUGAAAAUAUCCAGACAACAGAAAUGGCAUCACCGAUGGACGGUAAACAGGGUCAGGGGCUCCAGCAGUUGGACCACCUGGUCCGCAUGAUGGAGCAGAUGUGCAAUCUGCAGAAGCAGAACUUGCGCCUCCGCGAGCAGGCUGAGUAUCUCAAUGCAAUCAAGGAUUUACAGGAACUCAGAAAUGAGAGCCUCAUGCAGAACUGCAAGUGUGAAGCCCAGCGACGCUCAUCGGAUAUAGGCCGAACACCGGAUGAGACAUUCUCGGAACCAGAGAGCACCGUUGGGGAUGAGAUGGAUACAAAGCGAGACCUGUCCCCAACACGCGAGAAACGAGCCAGCCGAUCCAUCAAACGUGAAACUAAAACCAAAGGUGCAAAGACGCGCAGCAGAUCACUAGAUCCGUACAGGAAAGACACCACAGAGCCCGGGGAGAAAGACUCAGACAGGGACAGGGAACGAGAGCGGGGACGCCCAGGGAUAUUUUCCAAAUUUGAACGGAUGAAGGAAAAACUGACCACAAGGAGGGGGAGUGUCAAAAAGCACAACACGAACAAGAGGGCGGAUGAGAGACAGGAUGAGGAUCUGAAAGCAAAUGCUUUCAGGCCUGACCCGUCAUCCAACGAGCACUUCAACCUGCAGAUGGAUGGGACAGAGACCAAGUCAGAGGACAGUGGUAUCUACCAUGUGGGUCCUGAUGAAAUUGUACACUUGCCACGCCUGACGGCGGAAAUCUUACCAAAGUCGGCAGAUGACUUGUCUGACAGUGAAGAUGUGUUUGAGGCCCUCCAGCCAUCCUGGAAUCAGACCAACAACUUCAGCAUGGAAGCACGUAAAGGCAGCGACUUCUCGACCGGGAGCUCCAGCGAGGACUACUUGGAGUUGAAACCCAAAAGGACUGCCGCUCAGUUGCCUCAGGAUGAGCCCGUCACCACAAGCAGUCCCGAGCAGCAGCGGAGGAGAGGUGACUCAGAGGAAAGAGCCGUCAAGAGCAGCGAUGAAAAAGAGGAAAAUGGACAGAGGAAGAUGCGUUUUCGGCGUUCAGCUAGCCUACAGGACAAUACCUCACUGAACAGUGAUGACGAGUUUGACAAGCCUGCCAAGACAUCCUGGGAGGUCAAAGAAGCACCAGCUGUCUUGCAGAGGACUGAUUCUGGACAGAAACUACUUCAACACAGCCCAUCAAAUGAUUUUGAAUUUUCGGAUGCCAGCUUGGACAUGCAGACGGGCCAGGAUUCGGCAAGCACAUCCAGCUUGGAGUCUAAAGCGGCUCAGAAGAGGAAAUACUUCCGGAAGAGUCAUCAUGUGGAUGAACCGACUUCCCCAACAACUGAGCAAAGAUUCAAAGCUGUGGCAUUUGAGAUGAGGUCCCCAAAAUCAUCACCUCCAGAGAAGAAAAGGCAUAAAGUCGGUUGGGAGAAGGUCAAGCAUGCCGUCACCAGGAAACACAUCGGUGACAUAAGCAAGACCAAGGGGACCAUCUCCAUGGAUGAGAGCAUCCUCCGCAGCUCAGAGGAACCCAGCUCGCCCACCGACAGCUCCCCGCCUGAGGAUGCCUCAGGAGGAGGAAAGACCGGAAGGGCAGAAGUCAAGAAGGGUGACCCCAAAAGGGAUAAAGAGAGGGGUACCCCACCCCAAACAACCUCCACGGAGGCCCAAAGUCCACUAGCCCUCUAUGAGAGUCUCCAGGCCAACCUCUCCGAGGACUUUGCCAAGAAGAUGGAGAAAUGGGACAAGAAGAAACAGAGGCAUGCCAUGGCAGGUGCCUCACCCUUGGAGAAGGCCAAACAGUCAUCCUUGGACAGCUGCUCCUCGGAGGCGGGCACGCUACCAACCAGCGACCUGGAGGCGGAGCUGCAGCGGGGCCUGACAGAGGACUUCUACAAGAAGUUGGCCGAGUGGGACAAGCUGAAGCUGCAGCAGAGGGGCGGAGCCGGGGGCGGGGGGAUAGUGGGCCCCAACAGCCCCAAGGCCGAAGCCAAACAGAAGCAGAAGGGUGCCAAGGAGGGCAAGAAAGCAGCCAAGAGUGCCAAGAUCACUUCCAAAGAGAAGGACAGAGACAAACACAAGACCAAAGAUGUCCAGCAGAGGAGCAAAUCACCCGAUGCCUCAACAACCCGCAAGAUCUCACCACCCUCAGAGGCCAUUUACUCUACUGAGAACAUCACCGUCUUUGCCAAGCAAGGCGGCAAGCUCAAGCUGGAAGGGGCCACCAAAGAAUUCUCCAAGAAGUACAAGGAGUGGGAGAAGAAGGAGAAGAAAAAGAAGAACUUCCCACCCCUCCGUCCCGAGGACAUCGCCACACCGGUCUUUGACCAGGCCCAAGCAUUAACUGGGAACUUCCGGGAAGAUGCUACCCCACCGACUCCGGCCAGUCCAACGAUGAUAACUGAGCCUACCAGCCCAGAAUCCGGCGACCUCUACGUCAUUGCACAUGCCACGCCAGUCAUUGUCGAACCAGACUUUGACAGUGGCGAUCCCCGGCUGGCCAGGGCCGGAGAGCCAAUAUUCAGAACUCAGUCCGCACCACCGGCAUCUACGGCAGCGUCACAAAGCCUUGAUGCCGCGCCCCGGGGAGAACGCCCUAGCUCGCAGAGGGUCCCCAGUGUGGAGGAAGACGUCUUCACCCUGGGAGCAUGCGCCAGCCCUCCCAUCCCCCAGGAGAGGGUCAACAGGCUGGAGCAACGCAACUCGUUCCUGGCCGAGCAGCUCAAGAUGGAGGAUGUGAAUCUUCAGGCUGUUCAGGAGGAAAUUGUGAACAUGGAUGAGCAGAUCGCAGAGAUCUCAGGAGAAAAACCAGAGGAUCACACGCAGCGUCGUGUGAGCACGUGCUCAUCCAUCGGUGAGUCCGCUCUGGAAGCUGAACUCUCUGAUAUCAAGAUGCAGAUUGCCCUGUUGGAAGAGAAUCUCAAAAAGCGGCCCCGGCACAAAGGUCAUCACAGGACUGAAGAGUUGGAUGGGGUCAAAGGGCAGGACAGUGCGGGGUCAUUGCCGGAGGUGGAUGGGAAAUGUGGCAUAAGUACAGAGGCUGCAGACUUUACCCAAUACCCGCCACCUGCAGUGGAAGCAGAGAAGACAAUAUUAGAGGAACCACCAUCGGGACCAGUGGAAACCAGUACAAAGGCAGAUGGGAACAGCAACCUCGCAGAGGCACUUGAGAAGAGUCUACAAGAGAGGGAGGCAAUAAUCAAAUUGCUACAGGCCCGAGUAGAGCGGCAAGCACAGGAGAUCAACUACCUCAAGAAUGGCGUGGAUGCAGCCAAUCAGUUCAGACGAGCCAAGAGUUUCACGGCCAGAGAUAAGAAGAUCUUUGACCCACGGGCCAUGAAGAUCGUAGACAUCCCAAUAGACAAACCAGAGGCGAGCAAAGUCAAGAUGCUAUCUGACGAGCAAUCAGAGUCCUCCAAAUCCCUCAAGUCAGACAGCACUCCCUCCCUGGAUACGCUGCACAUUUCAGCUGAAGAUAUCAGAAUGGAUGAGUCUACUGAGAAGAAACAAGACAAGGUGGAGCCUGGCAAAGACAAGAAAUCCGAUAUGCAUCCAAGCCAAUUGGUUGAGAAGGAAGAUGCCAAUACAUCAGAAAUUUCAAAGAUGGAGUCAGUUGACAAGAUGCCACCACCUCAGCAGACAGAGAAAGAGGAAACUCAAGAAGAAUAUCCUGGAUUGUAUGGGCCGAUUGAGACCAAGCUCAAACGACGAAGAACACAGAGUGCAGAACCACCACCGAAGCCUGACAGCACUCAAGACACCAAGGAUGGCUCUACCAAGGAAGCCCAUGUUACAGACAGUCAUACUGCCAUGGAUUCCCUACUUGCCAAGAAGAUAGAAGGCUCCCAGAUGCAAGAGCCGGCAUCCAAAGAUGGCAGCCUGUCUCCAAGAUUAAGUCGGACAAGGGCAGCCAGGGAGAAGGACAGUGAGGAUAAAAGUCCGGGAUCACCCUCUGCUACUAGCAAGAAGGUCAUGCCCAAGUUUGAGCUGGUUAAGUUGGCUGACGGCCUAAAGAGCCAAGCUGUGGAGUUGAGUCCCAGAUCACAGAGGAGAAGAGAACGAGAAAGCCAAGAAGAAGCCAAGCAGGAUGGCACGACUUCCCCAGGGUCUCCUAGAGACAGCGGAAGAUCCCCUGGAGAAACUUGUGUGGGUAGAGCAUCUCCAAGAGGCAGCACAUCUCCAAAGGAGUCUACAGUGAGUGUCUACCAAAAACGAGACAAGGAAAAGGGUAGUUUUCCAGCCAGAACAUCAGAUAUUUCUGAGCAUGCAUCAGCAAAAGACAAAUCAUCAAGAGGAAGAGACGAAAUUUCUGAAAUGUCAAAAGACAAAAAUGGAGAGAAUAUCUCACCGAGACUGAGUAGUCGGGAUGCUGAAAUAAAACUGACAACCAGUAAAGAUGAAAAGUCAGAGAUUCAGGACUAUACUGAGGCAAAUUCCAGCGUGGACACCUCUCCAGAGAGGCAGUGGAGCAAGAAGGCGAGAGCAGUUAGAACAUUCUCUUCCGAGAUUGAAUCCUCUUUCAGGUCUUCCAGUCGGGAGAGGGAGGGCAGGGGCAUUGGCAGCGAAAGGGAAAGACGCCCAUCUGUGGAGAACCUGAGGGCAGCCAUUGAGAGACGGCAGCGUUCAUUCUCAUCUGAGACAGCCGACAGUGACCAGGAAUUACAGAAUAAUGCCAAGAAGGCCUUGGAGGUCAGGCUUUCUGGUCGCAUCAGCUCUGACAGACGGGAUUCCACCGACUCAGUGGGGAGCAAUAAGCAGUCCCCCCUGGAUGGAAGGAGGGAACCUGUGCUAAUGCGCAGUGGCCAGAAAAAGGAUGACACAUCAGUGUCCAGCUUGCGGCGUAAGUUUGUGGCCCAGGAGUUCGGCAGCGCACCGAAUGUCACGGAAUUGACCACCCUGCUUACAGGAAGGAAGGAGAAGGAACGUCCACGGGAAGGUUGUGUGAAGCAGAUGAGUCAGGCAUUUACCGUGGCUUCUAUGAGCGAGCAAGGAGCAGGUGAUAUGAGAAGGAGCAGUAAGUCGUCCAGCGUCCGCUCCUCCCCACAGAGCCUCUCCCCAGCCUCCUCUACCAGUUCCCUCUCCAACAUCGUGGCCAGUCAGAUCAAGCGUCUGCAAGACAAGGCCAGCUCAUCCCCUGAGUCCCCGGAGCGGAAGACAUCCAUCCAGACCAAAAGCAUCAAGGACACUGUGCCGUCACUCUACAGCAUUCAUGGCAGGUUAGAACACAGGCAGUCUCUGACGAAUGUAGCUGAUGUCCGUGCAAAGUUUGAUAAGAGAGAGUCUUCAGAGAGUUCUCCAGUCACCUCCAGGACCAGCUCACCGAGCGAUAAUCGCCGGUACACAAGAAAAGAGCCCGCCAAACCGACUCUUGUACCAUCAGUGGCUGCUGCUCGCAUCAAGUACACAGUGUCAGUGAGCAACUCGGAAAAUAGUGAACCCCAAAAGAAAUCUGUUUCUCUUCAUCAGAAUGGAAGUAUAAAGUCUCAGCGUAUGGUUGCGGUAAUGGAAUCGUCAGAAGCCGAGAAAUCGGCCAAGUCAGAUUCCACUGUCACUUUUACUAUCAAUCAGAGUCAGAAGCGGAGGCAUAAUAUGGGGCAGGGUGCAUCCAGAUUCGAAGAGAAUAACAACAGCAAUAACAACAAUAAAAAUUUUCCUGAAAGGUCAGAUGCUCAUCGUAAAGGUUCUCCAGCAAAUCACCCAGAAGCAUCCAACAGACCAAAUGAGAAACAGGAAAAGAGGGAAACAGAAAACCGAGGGGCAUCCAGGAAGAACUCCUUCUCUCGAAAUGACAAACACAGGGGUUCACUUCAAAGACAAACAGAGUCCAGAGAAUCCUCAAGGCGAGGAUCACUGACCAAAGGAAAAGAGUCUCCCAAGGCACCUGCCAGAAGAAGAUCCUUCUCAAAGGGCAAGGAGUCUCCUAAAAAUGGCUCGCGAAGGAAUUCUGUAACCAAGGGCAGGGAUUCCAGUAAUGAAAGCUCCGUAGGAAAGACCGUUUCAAAGGAGCUAGAGCCUCCUAAGGAAAUGUCAAGUCUCCAUGUAUCGGGCAGCCAGCCAGAUGAGGACGAGAGGAGCAGGAGGCGGAGAAGAAGGCGAGAAAGGAGCACGCCUUCCCCUGAGCCUCUGAGACCAGAGUCCAAAGCUAAGACAGAUAGGUCUGAAGGGAUGGCCGACAUUGGGGAAGCAAAUAAUUCAGAUGCAAGGGUCAGCAAACAAAAUAAUGACAACAGUGCCAAGCAAUCUGCCAAAGACACUGCUAAUAAGGGGGAAGUUAAAGUAGAAGUUGGAACAGUUAGGUCAAAAGCCAAGCUGGAAAAUGAGCAACAUAACCAUGCAAAAGCCAAACAGGAUGUCAAGCAUGAGGUAAAAUCUGCAGUCAAAACUGAGGUCGGCCAGAGUGGCAGUUCCCCUGCCACACCAGACGUCAAAGCUGAAGUGAAGGCAGAGGCCAAUCGUGCAAACAAAUCAGAGGCCAAAUCUGAAGUGAAACAAGACUGCAAACCUGAAAUCACAACUGAAGUCAAACCAGACAGAGCUCAGGACAGGAGGCACAGGAGAGAAGAACGUGCAAGGAGGAAUAAAGAGCGGGAAGAGGAAGCCUCAAAAGCCAAGGAAGAAGCUGCCAGGCAGAAGGCCGAAGCAGCAAGAGCCAAACUCAAGCAAGAGAUGGAGGCUGCCAGAAUCAAAGAAGCAGAAGCUGCCAGGCUGAAGGCAGAGAAACAGACUGAGGAAGCAAAGAAGGCCGCCCGUGUUGAAAGGAGGGAGUCUAAAAGAGCAGAGAGGAGAGGAAAGCAGAGAGAGAAGGCUGUUGCCGGACCUGGGGAUACCAAGAAGGCAGCAUCUCCGUCAGAUCUAAUGCCAUCUGGGUCCGGUCCAUCUGCUCACAGCAUUCGUAGGAGACACAGUGAAAGGGAGGAGCAGAAGCUUGGCCAGGUCUCUACCACCUCUCCAAGAGCUACUAAAGGAGGGAAAGAGGAGGAAGAUCCCAAUAUGCCUGACCUCCUGGCUCAGGCACAGAAGAAGGCAUCUGCUGAAUCUCCAGUGGGUGAAGAAAAUCGCAGCCCGCGUGCAAUCUUGACCACUUCUGCCCUGAGGGGAGCUGAGGCAGUCAUUGGCCAUCCACUGCCAAAACCUCCUCCCCCAGAAGAGGAAGAAUCCAAGGAGGAUGCGGAUGAUGACAGGAGGUCGAGGAAGGAUGCAACACGCAGGAGCCGGGCCAUCAAUCGUGGCAGUCGCAUCUCCCGGCUGGAUAUCUUCAAGCGGGCCCGCUCAGUCGACAGCUCCAAGGCUAGUAAGGAUCGCUCACCAGAUCGGUUGCUCGGAGGGGGUGGAGCCAGCAGCAGAGCUUGCUCAAUGGACCGGUCAGGCAAAAACCGGGACAAGUCACCUGGUGGAGAGGAGACAAGAAAGGGAGGCAGUUGGUUGUCCAAGAGGACUGGCUCCAUCAGUAACUUCCUCCGACCCUCCAACAGCUGUGAUGGAGAGCUCUGGGAUGAGCUUGAAGAAUGCUACUGCAUCUUGCAGAGCUGUGCCAGCAUCUACCGGCCAGCGUACGAAUACGAAGACAUGUGCCAGCUGCGCUUCCUGCGGGAGACCAGCAUCCUGACCUAAACAUGACCUUGCUUUUAAACCUCUUGACCUCUGAUCCUGCUUUGCAUGGCAUGGUGGUUGUACGGUUUGAUGCCUCCUUCAGUAGAAGCUCCUCUCGUCAUCCAUGGUGGUGUGCCUGUCGUCAUCAUCCACCUGGCCUCUAGUUGCCGCUGCUUUUCUUGGACAAUAUUUUUUGUUCCGUCCUCCUACUUAAUUUUUUCUUUGGCUUCCAUAGAGUUCUUUGCUUCAUCCUGCAUGGUAAAAUCUGUUCACAGGGUCGCAUUUUUGAUGACAAAUACUUAGCACCUAUAAUUUUGUAGUCGGUUUUAAAAGUAUAGAUUUCUAGUUUUGUACCAAUCACGACAAAGGGUAAGAGUUCAUACUGUGAAAAGCAUAAUAUCAAGUUUGUCAAAACUCGGGAUUAGUUUUGUUGAGAGAAAAUAACUGUACAUCUGAAAUACUCUAAUUUUAAUCAGAGACUAGUACAUACAUGUAUAAAAGUUGAAUUUGCAG